AUGGCCACCACAUCGCCUUCAAACUACGGUCGCAUCAAUCCCGAAAACGAAACCAACUUGCAGCUGCUUGAGAGCAUGCCAAGUGAAGUCAAUCGUUACCGACAACGCAUGUUGGUGAAAAUGCCGGGCCAAAGUGGUGCUGCCGGUGAUAACCAGCACCGUCAUAGUAUCUUUCGAGACCAGCAUUUCUCGUCAGAGAAAGCCUCUGAAAGCCUUGCUUCGGGACAUAGCUUAAAUUGGGGGGCAAACAUAUCCCCUCUUCUUAAUCUGCCGCCAGAAUUAAUUGAUUGCAUUCUAUCACACCUGUCUGCGACGGACCUCCCUGCUGUCGCGGCGACCUGUCGGAAGCUCCAUAGACAAGCUAUAUCGGACAUCCAUUGGCUUCGAUGUAUCCAGCACAACGUGCCAGGUUUAACAUUGACCAACCUUGCGCCUUGCAACAGCUUUUGGGAGCUUUACACUGCACAUGAUCCAAUAUGGUUUCUACCCAAGUAUAAAAUCUGGUUCUGUGACAGGGAUUUAACGGGCAAGCUAAUCGUUGUGCGCUUCGACCCACGGAGAGGCUGUAUAGAAGGCUACCAAUUGUUAGCCGUUAGCAAUAGGAAUACGUUCCAACAGUGGCCAACCGACAGCCAGGUCAUCAUUCACGGUUUUGAGCCAGAGGUUAAGCUGCAUCUUGACAAGCCCGUCCUGCAAUUUGAUGUCCAAGACAGGCAGGAGACUGGAGAUUUUCCUGCCAGACCCGGCGUUAACCGGUUUGCUUCCGAGAAGCCCAUGGCGCGCGGAAAUCGUUCAGAUCCGAUGUUCAGUAACUUCUUACUCACCCGGCCAUUAGACCCUGAACAGGCGGACGAGAAACUUGCUGCUGACUACCCCUACGACCAUGUUUGGCCGCCGCCGACUAUUCCGGCUCGCCACCAUGUGUCUUGCGCGAGAUCUGGCCAGGCUGCCAUCGAUCUGUCGCCAUAUGAUCGGCCCCGGUCUCGACGUGAGGUCUCUGAUCAGACCUUCCGUAUUCGGCAGUGGAUGCAAAUGCCAGGUACGCCGCCGCCGCCGAGCCUCGUAGGCGGCCAGCCCGGUAGCUUUGCAGGCCUGGUACAAGUCCUCAACAACUCGAUAAACAAUGUAAAUAACGCCGUGCCAGCUGCUGGUGCUAUGGGUGUUCACAUUGGUGAAGAAGUCACCACGUACUCGACUCUCGACCCGGUUCUAUACACACCGACAGCAACGAAGCCGUGGCGAGGUAUAUGGGUUGGCGAUUACAGUGGCCACGGAUGUGAAUUUCUGCUCAUUAACCAACCCGACGACCCUGACGUUACCGACGCAGAGCUUGGCCUGGUGCGAGAUGCCGACGAGACGGAAGAAGCCUGGGAGAAGCGGAAAGGUGAAGCGCACAUGUAUCGUGGCCGACUAGAAGCAAUCAAGUUGACAGGUGAUCCCAACGUGCCGCGGGGCGAGUACACCUUCGUCGCUGAUGAUCUUGGUCCCGGAGGCUUUGUAGGGGUAGCCACGGACCCUCCUUUUGAGGGGACUCGGGUGGUGAAGAGCAAGGGACAUGUUGCCGCAACGGGUUUUGUUCAAGACAAGUAUAUCGAAAGUCAACUCUUGCUCAUUGGGCCAAAUCGGCUGGCCCAGUAUUGGGUUGGCUUUGGCCAUAUUAGUUUCUUCGAGAGGGUUCAAAUCGACGACUUCCUUGUACCAUGA